CGGCCGGCGGCCGGCCAUGCCGGGGGUGCGAGGCGGGUGCCCGGGCCCGCCAGACCCAGGGCGGUCAAGCGGGGAUGGCCGCCGGGAGCCGUCGGGGAGGACGGCGGCGGGGCUGCUCCCGGCGCAGCGGGGGACGGCGGGGCGCCGCAGUAAGAAACCAAGAUGCUCCUUAAGGAAAGGAUCCCUGCCCAGGACAAAUGAUGGAGCACUGCGGAUAAGGGUUCCCCGCUGAAGGGCGAGACAUGCGGUAGGAGCCAGCGCAUCCCACCGAAGAGCGAGACUCGGUCGUGCCGCACAGCCUGGGGUGCAGCGGGAGGGACAGGACAUGCGCCGCAUCGGCUGCCUCCUCUCGGGACUCCUCUUCAUCCUCAGUGUGACCAGCACGGACGGCUUUGCCCGGGCAGGCCGCAGAGUCUGUGCCGCUGCGCCGCAGAGCCGGACGGCCGCCUACACCGAGUCCCACGUCCAGCCCGUCUACCAGCCCUACCUCACCACCUGCCAGGGCCACCGCCUCUGCAGCACCUACAGGACCAUCUACAGGGUUGCCUACCGGCAGGCGUACAAGCAGCUGCCCCAGCCCGUGGCCUCGUGUUGUCCCGGCUGGAGCAGAGCUAACAGCCACACGUUCAGCUGCGACAGAGCUCUCUGCUGGGUGCCGUGCCAGAACGGUGGGAGCUGCACGUUCCCCGGCAGAUGCGCCUGCCCGCCUGGCUGGACGGGGCGAGCCUGCCAGACAGACGUGGAUGAGUGUGCCGGCCAGAGCCACGGCUGCGGUCAGCUCUGCAUCAACACGGCUGGGAGCUACCGCUGCGCCUGCCGGGAUGGCUUCAGCCUCGCUGCCGACGACAAGGUGUGCCAGCCCCUGGUGCCAGUGCCCGAGCCAGAAACCUUCAGCCAAGCAGGUCCCCCCGGUGAAAUGAAGGAAGAAAUGAAAGACCUGAAGAGCAGAGUGGAAGCGCUGGAGCAGAAACUCCAGUUGGUGCUGGCCCCCUUCCACAACCUCAUGCCAUCUGCGCCGGAGGAUGUCGGCGCAGACCCCAUCAGCCGGCUGUCCCACUCCCUCCAGCAACUGGACAGAAUCGACUCCUUGAGCGAGCAGAUCUCUUUCCUUGAGGAGCGGCUGGAGACAUGUUCCUGCAAGAAUGAACUCUAGCCGAGCACCCAAGGAAUUGGAGCAAGAUGCAUGCAUCCGCAGCUCUUCUCUCACUCUCCAGCCCCAGGCUGGGGCCGAAGCCACAUCAUCUACAGGAAGGCACAGGGUAGCAGGAGAAGGCUGGUUUCCCAUCAGCAUCUCCAUCAUUUUCUCUUCCAGCUCACCUUAUCAAAGGUCACACAGUUACUUCCAAACUGGACUCUGAGCCCUCAGCAUCUCAGCCCCUUCCUGAUGGAGAGGCAGAAAAUAAAUGCCUUACCUCGUGCCAUUAGUGCCGGUCUGGCUGUGCCAGAGAGACAAGCUGUACGUGAAGCCGUGUGGUGCUUAGCUUUGCCUGGCUUUUACUUAGCAUUACCCUGGGACGUCACCUCCCAGGGAGCAGGGGGCACAGGGCUGGUCAUGCUGCCUGCCCAGCCGAGCACAGACCUGGCCCGGGCAGGACAGCUGCCCCCACCAUGCUCCCCCUACCUGCUCCCACCCAAGGAAGGCAGAGACAAGUCCUGCGUUUGGAGGACUACGGGCAAAAAGGACUUGUGGCAGGAGGGUAACCCCAAGCCAGGCAUCGUGGCAGGGGACGGGUGCAACUGGUCCCUGCAAAGGUACGGCGCUGGCUGGGUACAGGGAGCGGGUGCCCAUCCCUGCCGCUUCUGUUCUGCUCUCUGGGACCAGCCUCCCUCCGUGAGCGCUGGAGGUGGGCUGGUGCCUCACCGCUUCUUAGCGUGACAGCUGCAGCAGCUUGUUCUGAAUUUACCUGCUCCUGCUCGCAGUCCUCUGUACCAUCCCUGGGCCCUACAGAGCAGUAACAAGGCUGAUGGUUUUACAUGGACCUGAA